ACCCCUGCUGCAUACGGCAUGAAAUGGUGUACAACAUAACACGAGCCACUCGUUACCCCUACCAUCUCAGCCCGCAGCCGGCGAGAAAAGAGAUAACCCGGGCACGAGAGGUCAUGGAACCGACCGGCCUCCGAACCCUAAACCUGCGGUGCUCGCCGGUGUAUCUCCGUCCUCGCUCCCCUAUUCGUCCCGCUCUCCUAGCAGACUUAAGCGAGAACAAGCCCUCGCGGCCCCCAAUAUCCCACAAAACCUCGCUCUUCCUCCACUCCGCUGCGUCUCCCAAGCCUCUCUCCUGCUCUCUUCAGGCAGUUGAAAGAGCUGAUGCAAAUACCAGUUGCAAUGGUCCUGCUAAAGGUGUCAAUGAGGUUUCACGUGACAAACUUCUUCAAGUAGUGCUUGUUUCUCCUCAGAUUCCUGGAAACACUGGAUCCAUUGCGAGAACAUGUGCAGCAUCAGCUGUUGGCCUACAUCUUGUCGAGCCCUUAGGAUAUAAGGUAGAAGAUUCCAAACUCAAGCGUGCUGGAUUGGAUUAUUGGCCAUAUGUGGUUGUGAAGAUUCAUGGGUCGUGGGCUGAAUUUCGAGACUAUUUCAGACAACAGGAUGGAGAAAAACGACUCCUGGCAUUUACCAAGAGAGGCACAAGCAUCCACUCAGAUUUCUCGUACCAACGAGGUGACUGGCUAGUAUUUGGUUCUGAGACUUGUGGGCUGCCACCAGAAGUGUUGGUUGACUGCAGCACGGAAGGUCUUGGUGGUGGAACCAUCCGAAUUCCAAUGGUUGAAACUUAUGUUCGGUGCCUGAACCUCUCAGUCAGUGUGGGCGUUGCUCUGUAUGAAGCAUCCAGGCAGCUGAACUAUGAACAGCUUCAGUGCCCACCUGAGGCUGGAUCUGAGAGCCAAGCAUUCUUUAUGAAAGAAGACAUUUUUGGGUAACUAAUGAAUAUCAUGACCUUUCUUAGCAUUUUUUGAUGUCCAAAUUGCAUGCUAGUAACAAACAGAAAGCAUGACCAAGAUGAAUGUUAAUUGGUGAAAGCUUGAGUACUAAAGCUAGUUCGCUGGGAAAUGGUUGCUAGCUGGCUUCAGAGAGGAGAUCAAGCUUUUUCUCAAUUUGUUCUAGUGACAGACAGCAAGUUGCUUGGGGCAACGACAUCACAGUACAUUUCUCUUAUACGUUCCUGGGUGCAGGAGCGAGAAAGAUUAAUGUUGUAACAUUUAUGUCUUUAAUCACGAUUCACACCAUAAAUGGAUGCUGAGAUGCGAGUCGGAAGAGUUGGACUGAGCAUGGAAAAACAACGGUCUUGUAGAUCAGUUCAUGAGUUUACCUUAGCACUGUGAACCUUCUUGCGUUGGCUGUGAUAUAUCAGAAUUGUAAUCUUGGCACACUGUUUAAUUGUUUAUGAGAAUGACUCGGUUUAUCAGUA